AUGUAUUCGAUGAUUUACGAGCCUGAUAUUCCAGAUAAUUUAUUGUUGCUGCUUUUUUUAAAAAUGCUUGCAGAUGGUUGUGUUGCAAGUGUAUCUCCAGUACGACUGAUAUCAGAUGGUGCAGAUUUCGAAGAAAAUUUAGGUUGUGAAUUUUCCAACAAAGAAUUAGACGAAGAAGAAAGAGUAGCAGACGAGUCCGAAGGUCAUCAUGAUUCGAGGCAGUGGUUCUGUCAGGUCCCGAGACCUAAAAUGGACAGAGAUACUGCAGCGUCCGUGUAA